UGCCUGCGAUGCUCGGGGGCGGCUCCGGAGCCUGGGACCGCGAGACAGAGGGCGAUGCGGUGGGGGCUGUAGCCGCGCCGCCCGCCAUCGACUUCCCCGCUGAGGCCGCGGACCCCAAAUACGACGAAUCUGAUGUUCCAGCAGAACUCCAGGUGUUAAAAGAACCUCUGCAACAGCCAUCAUUCCCUUUUGCAGUUGCAAACCAACUCCUGCUUGUCUCUUUGCUGGAACACUUGAGCCGUGUGCAUGAAACAAAUCCAGUUCAUUCAAAACAGGUGUUUAAAUUACUUUGUCAGACUUUUAUCAAAAUGGGGUUGCUGUCUUCAUUCACCUGCAGUGAUGAGUUUAGCUCCUUGAGACUGCAUCACAACAGAGCUAUUACUCAUUUAAUGAGGUCUGCCAGAGAGAGAGUUCGGCAGGGUUCUUGUGAGGAUAAUUCUUACAUGCAGAAAAUCAGAUCCAGGGAAAUAGCCUUUGAAGCCCAAACUUCACGUUACUUAAAUGAAUUUGAAGAGCUUGCCAUCUUAGGAAAAGGUGGUUAUGGAAGAGUAUAUAAGGUCAGGAAUAAAUUAGAUGGUCAGCAUUAUGCAAUUAAGAAAAUCCUGAUUAAGGGUGCAACUAAAACAGAUUGCAUGAAGGUGUUACGGGAAGUAAAGGUGUUGGCGGGUCUUCAGCACCCCAAUAUUGUAGGCUAUCACACGGCAUGGAUAGAGCAUGUUCAUGUGGUUCAGCCCCAGGACAGAGUUCCUAUUGAGUUGCCCUCUCUUGAAGUACUGUCUGACCAGGAAGACGACAGAGAUAAAUAUGGUAUAAAUGGUGACGAAAGUAGCAGUUCAUCCAUUAUCUUCACUGAGUUCACUUCAGAAAAAGAAAAACAUGUUGGUGAACCUGACAGUGAAAAGCAGAAUAAUGAAUUGGUGAACUACACCAACAAUUUAGUCAUAAGGAACAGCAGCAAAUUUGAAUCAUCCAUUGGGUUCCAAGAAAAUGGCUUGGUUGAUUUGUCUACUGGGCCAGUUAUCAAGCAUCAGCCCCUGCUCAGGCAUAACUCAGAACUAGAAGGAAACUUCACAUCCACUGAGGAAUCUUCUGAAGAAAACUUAAACUUGUUUGGGAAGACAGAGGUGUCGUAUCACCUGAUGCUGCACAUCCAGAUGCAGCUGUGUGAGCUUUCCCUGUGGGACUGGAUCACCGAGAGGAACCAGCGGGCCCAAGAGAGUGUGGAUGAAGCUGCCUGUCCUUAUGUUAUAGCCAGUGUUGCAACGAAAAUUUUUCAAGAAUUAGUGGAAGGUGUUUUUUACAUACAUAAUAUGGGAAUUGUACACAGAGAUCUGAAGCCUAGAAAUAUUUUUCUUCAUGGCCCUGAUCAGCAAGUAAAAAUAGGAGACUUUGGCCUGGCCUGCACAGACAUCAUACAGAAGAAUGUGGACUGGACCAGUAGAAAUGGAAAGGGAAUACCAACACAUACCUCCAGAGUUGGAACCUGUUUGUAUGCUUCACCGGAACAGUUGGAAGGAUCUGAGUAUGAUGCCAAGUCAGACAUGUAUAGCUUGGGUGUGAUCCUGCUGGAGCUCUUUCAGCCGUUCAGGACAGAGAUGGAACGAGCAGCAGUUCUAACGGAUUUAAGAACUGGUCGGACACCUGAGUCCCUCAGUAAAAGGUGCCCUGUGCAGGCCAAAUAUAUCCAGCACCUGACCAGCAGGAAUGCAGCCCAGAGACCGUCUGCUCAUCAGCUGCUACAGAGUGAACUUUUCCAAACUCCUGGAAAUGUAAAUCUCACCCUACAGAUGAAAAUAAUAGAGCAAGAAAAAGAAAUUGAAGCACUAAAGAAGCAGCUAAGCCUCCUUUCUCAGGACAGAGGGGUAAAGGAUGAUGUGGAAUAUGAGGACACACCAUCCAGCCUUAAGUAGGCUGUAUCAAUAACA